UCAAGGUCUAGGGUUUAGGGUUUAAGACAAGAAAAAGUUCCAAGUUUGGAAACAAUGAAAAGAAAAUGAAAAACCUUAUUGGCUUUUAUCAAACUGGGCCUCUAUUUCGGUUAAAGUCCGAAAAUACAAAUGUUGACGCUUUGCCUCAUUUGUUUGGCAAAACCCAGAAUCUAAACAAAUCGGCGGCAAAGGUAUGAAGUUCACAGACUCGCCGGUGAUAGAGCUCCCCGUCCGCGACGCCGUCCUCUCCUUCCAACAAGACAACGGCUCCCUCCAUGUCGGCACCACCGUCUGGCCCUGCUCCUUAGUCCUCGUUAAGUUCGCCGAGCGCUGGGCCCCACCAAGCAACCACCAACCCCAAAACCCCUAUUCCGACCUCCUCGACUUCCGCGCCAAGCGCGCCGUCGAGCUCGGCGCCGGAUGCGGAGUCGCCGCCAUGGGGCUUUACCUCCUCGGCCUGACCGACGUCGUCAUCACCGACAUCCCCGCCGUGAUGCCGGCGCUGAAGCGAAACCUCAAGCGCAACAAACCGGUCCUCGGCAAGAACCUCAAGCACGCGAUUCUCCACUGGAACAAGGCGGACCAGAUCGCCGCGCUCAGCCCUCCGUACGACGUCGUUGUGGCGACCGAUGUGGUUUAUAUUGAGGAGACCGUAGGACCCUUGAUCUCCACCAUGGAGGCGAUGGUGAAGGACGACGGCGUCGUUUUGCUUGGGUACCAAUUGAGGUCGCCGGAGGCGCAUAAGCUCUUCUGGGAAAUGUGUGAAGGGGUUUUUGUGAUCGAGAAAGUUCCGCACCAGGAUUUGCACCCGGAUUAUGCCUAUGAGGAGACCGAUGUCUAUAUCUUGCGCAAGAAGAAAAAGGAAAACUGACUCUUCAGCUCAGGUUUUUCAGUUGUUUUCAUGGAUUUUGUUUCGUUUGCUUGUUGUGCUGCUUCAAUUUUUAUGAUGGGAAUUUGCGCUUGUUUAGUACUGUAUUCUGCUUAUGCACUCUGAUUGUAAAUAUGCUUACAAAAUGCUCGAAAAAUCUGAAGACUGUCAUGCCGGAGCGAUUUUUUGGAUGGCUUUAUACAACAGUACUGAAUUCUAGUAAGAGCAAAAGUGUUUGUGUAGUCAAAUGGAUCCAGGAUAGAGCUAAAGAUUCUACAUUAUGGUUGGCUGAACUUUUGUUUAUGUGAAAGAGUUGUGCCAAAACAUUUGAAGGUUCAUGGGAAAACACAAGUUCAUUUGGUUACUACAAACAAGUCGAUCACAAAACAAAUAGCAACUGAACUGAACUUUUACGUGUUUGGAUAAGUUGCUACUGUUAAAACGAAUAAUACCUGAUCCAUCUCUGUUUUUAUUUUGUAAGGCAGUGCGUAGUGGUUUUGAAUUAGAGAACUUUAUGUAGUAUUCAUAUUAUAUAGUAUGAUGCUAAACUCUA